CCCUCAACUUCUUCAGAGUAGUUACCAGAAGUGUUAACCACCAGUUCCACUACCUGCUGGAUAGUAAGAGGUCGGUUGUUAUAGACGCGCACCGCGUUGCGGUAAUCGAAAGGCGAUCAAUUGAAACAGAUAAUCGUAAAAUAAACGAGAAGAAAGAACACUUUGCAUAUUGUUAUCGGAAUGAUAAUACAGUUUCGCCGAUGCACUUCCAAUUGCGAAUAGCCCGGCUCCGAACUUGAUAGUCGACAAGUGGAUAACAGUUUCAAUUUCACUGUAGAUAUAUAUUUAUGAUAUAUUAGCACAAUUUCCAUUCGAUUCGGACUGAGAAAUAUGUACUUCGGAAUCUAAACUUGUACGCCCACGUCUCUCUCCUAAUCACUGAUUAUAUUCACAUGAUAGGAAUUAACGAGGAUUAAAUCAUCAAAAUAAAACUAAUUCAAAGAUGUUUUGUCCGUGGAAAUGUUCCGGUCGUUUCAUCACGAAAGUCUGCGCGGCUACCGUCCUUUGGAGCUUGAUCAUCCUGAUAGUGUUCCAGCUUCGGACGACGAUCGACGUGAAUGUGCCUCAUCUGAACAGCAGACUGCUUCUGCAGAAGCGCCACGAUCCGCUGACGCGGCACGCCGAUUCCACCACGGAGGGCAUCGAUCAAGAUCCUUUCAUCGACAAGAGCCCAAGCCUAUCCGAGGAUAAGCUAGUCCAAGAGAUCCAAGAUCGGAUGCCCACGCUUCCGAUUGUUUACUGGAACAAGCACAAGAACAAACCGAUGGGUUUGAACAGCACUUGCGCCCGUUUUCCCAGCAUGUUCGAUCUGGAAUUCAACAACCUCUAUUGGCAAACUCUGAGGACGUCGAACGGAACCUUCCAAUUGUUCGGAGCGUACCUCGACAAGAGACAACAGAAUCGAUUGGGACCGACGGUACGAGUACUAGGUAUGAUCGAUAGGAUCGAACCCACAGUUGUCACCUAUUGCCAGUUUUGGUUCGAAGGAAAGAAGGAACCUGUGAUUACGAAGAGUUUUGAGUAUAAAUACAUUUGGUACAAGAAAUGGGGAAACUACAAGCAGGGUAUCUAUCAGCCUUAUUUGAUUGCUUGCGUUUUACCGCAAGGCUACAAAGAGAAAAUUCCUGCUUCGAUUUCUAUCGUGGAGAAGCAGUGCGAUAAUUCCACGAACAAUUUGCGCGUGAUUUAUGAACGACCGGCGAAGAAAAAAGACUUUGCCGUAUGCGUCAAGGGCUUGGACUUUUUGCACGAGGAUUUAUCCGUGCGUCUGGUGGAAUGGAUAGAGCUGCUCAAUAUCUUAGGUGCCGAUAAGGUAUUCUUUUACGAGUUGCAGACGCAUCCGAACAUCAGCAAAAUCUUGAGGCAUUAUCAGCAAGAAGGUAAAGUGCAUGUGACGCCCAUCAGUUUGGCCGGAGGACAACCGAACGCUCCGGCGUUUCAGCAUCUGUACCUAACGAAAAAGACGAACAACAAGCGCCAGAAUGAGCUGAUCCCUUACAACGACUGCUUCUACAAGCACAUGUACGAGUACAAGUACAUAGCGCUGCUCGAUAUCGACGAGGUGAUAAUGCCGAAAGACGUGAAUUCUUGGUCCGAAUUGAUGGAUAUCGUUCUACCAAAAGCUUUGAAGAUCAACAAAGAGGAACGGGCUUCGUACAACGUACGAAACGUGUACUUCCUCGACGAUCUUCUGCACGAUCACGGAUGGUUCAAGGAGAUCCCCAAGUACAUGCACAUGCUGCAGCACGUAUACCGUGCGAAGAACUUCACCAAACCCGGGCAGUACGUCAAGUGCUUCCACAACACCGAGAAGGUGCUCACUCUGCACAACCACUUCCCACUCUCCUGUCUAGGAAGCUCCUGCACCUCGUACCCAAUAGAGACCAACGACGCCCAGCUGCAUCACUACAGAGCGGAUUGCGUGAAGACUUUGAAGAAAAGCUGCGAGGAGUACAGGAAGACCAGUGUUAUGGACACGACGAUAUGGAAGUACAAAGACGCGCUCGUGAACAGGGUUUCCACAACCCUGAGGACUCUAGGUUAUUUCACCGAUACGGGAAAACGAUGAUAUUCCCACAACACGAUUUACAUAACAUUUAAAAAUAUUGUUGUUUCUUCAACCAUUCUAUAGCGAUCAACAACAACAAAAAAGAAAGAAAAUAAUGUAAAGAAAUUUGCUCAAUUUGCUAUCUUGUGUGAUCAUAUCUGGCGUUAAUCCAGUCAAUUCAACUAUUCCUUCUCCUUAAUCUCAUCAACUAAGAUGAGAUGUCGUCAAAAGGCGAGUUAAAAAUAUUAAGCGAGACAGAGAAAGAAAAUAAAAUAAAAGUGGUUUUAGAAUUUUUGUAUGUGAUAUAAAUAAUGUCCUGUGAAUUCGGCGUCUCUUCCUGAGAAUAAAUCCGAGCACAACGGUGUAAAUAGUUUAUUAAGAGAAAAAAAAAUGAGUUAAUUUUUGUUCCCCGUAUUAUUUCUUCGAAUUUCUGUUAACAAUAUUUAUUUUCUCAAAUUUUUGCCCCUAGUUUGUACACUAGACUUAGGCCAACUAUUAUUAUUAUUAUUAUUUUCUGUGUAUCCUGUAAGAAUUAAUUACGUAUUCUUAGACUGAUAUAUUAUUAUUAUUAU